GAAUAUCCGCGCCCCGGAGCAGCGCUCGGUGGUUCUAAUUAAAGCGGCGCUCGGAACCCGGGGGACCCGCCUGACGUCGGCGGCCGCGGGGAUAAGAAGCGCCCGAGGACAGCGGGGCUCGGAGCAGCAGGGUCGGCGCUGUCCCCGUAGGAGCUGUGCGUCCUGUGUCCCUGCGCUGGACAAGUGAAGCUGGAGCUCAUGAAGUAGUGUCGGAACUGGGAGACGGAGGAGCGCGGCAGGCGCGGGGAACCUACGGCGUGGGCUCAGGUGCCCGAGGGCGACGCGGGAUCCACGGCGUGGGAGCAGGUGCCGGAGGGCAGUGCGGUACCCGCAGCCGGCAGGUGCCCUUGCCUCUCAAGCCCAGGGUGGCCCAACUGCUCCUACAGCUCCGGUCCUGAGGCCGGGCUGCACCUGUGGCCUCCAAUUUCUGAGAAGUGUCCAAGACCCCGCGCGCGCGGUUCCCGCGGUGAAAGAAAGUUGUGCGGCGCGGUCUCCGCGCGGACUCCGCGUGCGGGAAACUUGGACUCCGGCUGGUGGGGCGGCGGGUCCCAAGACCCGCGACGCGGGCCACCGGGGCCAUGCGCGUGUCAGGGCGCCCGCUGUUCCUUCUGCUGCUGCUGCUGAGCAUGGUGGGGGACCGGGGACGUGCGCAGCCCCGGGGGCCUGCAGACCGGCAGACCUUGCUGAGGUUGCUAGUUGAGCUGGUUCAGGAGCUGAAGAAAUUCCACACUGGAGACAACAAGAGGCUGCAGCUCCUUGGCGAGUCCGACUUUGCCUUGGGCCGUAGGGAGGCCACGGAUUAUGGGGCAGACCCAGAGGAGCAGAGAGUGGAGAUUGUUCCUCGAGAUCUAAGGAUGAAGGACAAGUUUCUGAAACAUCUCACAGGUCCUCUUUAUUUCAGUCCGAAGUGCAGCAAGCACUUUCACAGACUUUACCACAACACGCGAGACUGCACCAUCCCUGCAUACUAUAAAAGAUGUGCCAGGCUCCUUACUCGGCUGGCUGUCAGUCCCAUGUGCAUGGAGAGAUAAGCUGCAAAGGAGCAACACCAGGAACCUUGAAAAGUGCCUUGGAAACCAACAGAGAACAGAACCAUCUUCAUGCCCAUUUCCUGUGGACAGAGAUUUAUUUUUGCAUUCUUCCAUAAUCCCUUUGCAUUUUCUAUGUUGCUGACAGUUUACAAAUAUACAUUCAGCAAACCAAUGUUUCUGUCAGUGAGACUUGCCACUCUUUAGAUUAUAAGAACUGAGAACACUCCACACUUGAUGUUUAAUGCUAUGAGGUAUUUCCCUUUUAAGAUUAUGUGGAACCAAAUGGAGUAUUUCUUUAAAAACAUAGGCAGAACAUUAAAUUGUAUUUUCAUAGUAUACAGUAUGAUUUGACAUUUUGUACUACUUCUACAAUUAAACUCCCAAAGUACAGUUUGGAACUGCAUGAAAAAUUUUAAUGAAAACCAAAAAAACCUCACUUGUGUUGAAGACAGUGGCAUAUCAACCUGCAGAUAUGCCCAGGCCAGUCCCAUUUGUCCUCUGUAAAAGUACAUUCCAGGUAUUGUACAAAAUGUAAAUACUGUGAAUAAGUACAAGGAAAUAAAUGAAGUGUUUGGUAUAAUGAACAGUCUUCAGAGUGACUCUUCUAUAACAAUGUCAUUGUUCAGUGUGUGUGUGUGUGUGUGUGUGUGUGUGUGUGUGUGUGUGUGUAUGUAGGUGUAUUAAAUGACAUAAAUUCCUGAUUACAUGGUGUCAUUUAGUCAUCAAUACUCCAAAUAAGUUCAUAUUCACCAUUUCCUACAUGAUUGUAAGAGAAUGCCAAGCUAAGAACCCUAUGAGCAAUUCCAAAUUUUAAUGGCUGUAUUUUAAAUAAAUGUAACUGGAUUGAACUUAAAAAGGUAAAUUUCUGUUCAUGAGAUCUUAUAAACACAUGGUGCUGUUUAGGACAGCCAUAAAACAAAAUUGCCACCAGAAUACCACAUUCCAAGGACCUGCAUCUAAGAUAUACAUGUAAAAAUUCAAGCAAACAAUAGGAUUUUAUAACAUGAAAGAGAAAUUUGAGAUCCUGAAGCAACUACUGAACUAGAAUAGAGAGCUUUUGACUUAAUCUGUUUCUUUAUUGUAGUUGACUACUUGCCCUUUGCUUUCCUAGUUUUUAAUUUUGUGAAAACUAUGACCAAAACCCCACAAGAGCCAGAAAAAGUCAACUGGUGAAGUGUCUGUCUCUGUCAGGACAUCAUGGCCUUCCUGUGAGAAGAGGGUACUGGGAUGGUUGCUUUCCUCCAGAGGGUCAGCUGUCUCAUCUUCCUCCUUUGAGUGGGCUCUGGCCAAGCCGGUAACUGCAAAUUCCUAGGUCUCUGUGCUUCCAUUCAAAUAUGGAUGGAUGCCUUUUCAAACUAGGAGUUCUCCAGGAUUGGAGAUCACCAGUUGUGACCAGUUAAGUCAGGCUAAAAUAGUUAUCAGCUACUUAGCGAGGAAGCUGGCAGGAGCACCAGUUACAUGAAGAAGGCUCAUAGAGAAGGGUAGUUCCUGGAGUUUCUUAAUUAAGCACACAUCACUACAUUGUCACAGCAAUUUGCUUAUAUUUUUCAUCAUUUUACUUUCUAAUAUAAGAAUAAGUACACAAACUUAACAUCAGACCAAAUAAAAAGGCACAUGGAGGCAAUGUUUUAGCUAUUUUUUUUUCAUUUGAUAAUAAAAAAGGAGGCAGACACCAGAUUUCUAUUUCAGUUGUAUUUGUUAACUUCCCAGUUUAACUCACAUUCUCUUCUGACAUAUAGCCAUAUGAACUUGAGGUCACUUUUCAGAAAAUGCACUAAAAUUACUUAUGCUUGCCUGUUAACUUUUUAAAAUACUGAUGAAAGAACACUACAAACAUACCACUAGAGAGUCAAAAUAGGAACAAAGCUCAAAAACACCAGACAAAAACCAAGGAAGAGUAAAAAUGCUCAUUUUAUCAAUCUGUUGCUCCCAUCUCCACUGUAUAGCCCAUAGUGGCCUGCUGGAAUUGCAGGCCUGCAUUAUCACAUCCAGCUUUUCCUUUUUCAAAUAUUUGAAUGCCCUCAGUGUCUGAGUUUAAACUCUUCCAAUGUUAAAUGGAAGGCUGAUAUGGAUGGAGUUAUUGUCACAAGAGUCUAGGACAGAGGUAUAAGGCAGGCAAAUGGUACCUCUGGGAGCUGCCCAUGCAUGCACUCUGUUAGACCAGACUACUCAGGCUGGCUCGGCUCAGAGGCUGACUUGGACCUUGUAGGUCAUUCUUACUUUAUUGGGUUCUAUUCUGUUCCAUAUUUGCUUGUUCCACUAUUUUAUAAUUAGGACAAGGUGAGAGGUUCAAUUAGUCUAAGAAUGCUUAGCCACACCUCAAAUUGUCUUACUCAAAUAUUUUUAUCCUUCUGAACAUAUACCUAAUUUCCACCUACAGUUAUUUUAGAGACAUACA